AUGAGAAACCCGAUGUCACCUGGUCAAACUCCAUCCCAACACAAUUCUACACUAGCUAUAUCCCCUUUCAUAGCCAGAGGAACAAGACAGCAACAAAUACCAAUAUCAUCAAGGAAUCUAAAUCAACCGCAGGAAAAACAGGAUACAAAUCAUAGUAGGAAUGAUCCACCCUAUCAAUCUAUUGUGAGCAGUCCUCUUGGUCAAAGAACGUCACAGCCUUUCAAUUCUUCUACUAAUUUGACAACGCCACAUCAAGAACUCAGGAAAGACAGCCGUUUUGAGGCCGGUGAGCAUGUCACUACUUUAACAACCACAACGACGAAUACUACAACAGAUAUCGAUAUAUCAGAACUCUCCUCGAUUGAAAGACUACGGUUAUGGAGACACGAUUCACUGAUGCAACACAUGUAUCAAACCGCAGAAUAUGUUGGAAAUAAAAUAUAUUCCAUUACAGGUGACCCAAACGACGCAUUUUGGUUGGCUCAAGGUUUCUAUUACAAGGGUGAAUACCUAAGAGCAGUUGAGCUAUUAUCAAAGGAUAAUCUUGAGUCUAUUAGUAUAAUGUGCCGCUACCUAAUUACUUUAUGCCUAUUCAAGCUGAAUAAAUUCGACGAAGCCCUGGAUAUUAUUGGAGAAUCAAAUCCUUUUUCAGAGGAAUCAAAUAAGUCUAAGAAAUUACAAAGUGAUGGUGGCAUUAAGUUAGAAUCAUCAUUGUGUUAUUUGAGAGGCAAAAUAUACUCUGCGCUAAAUCAUUUUUCGAAGGCUAAGGAGUCAUUCAAAGAGGCUAUACUUAUUGACGUUAAGAACUUCGAGGCAUUUGAAGAAUUAACUAACAAGUGCUUAUUAACCCCACAAGAAGAAUGGGAUAUAAUAGAAUCACUAGAUUUUUCUAUUCUUAGUGAUAAUGAAGAAAUGAUAAAAAACCUUUAUAUGAUUCAUUCGUCAAAACUUAUAAAUACUAACAAGAUUUUAGAAGCUCAAAAAGUUCUGAUUGAUGAAUAUAAUCUAGAAACAAAUGUAGAUGUUAUCAGCAGUAAAACGGAAAUGCUUUAUAACAGCUGUGAUUUUGACAAAUGUUUAGUAUUAUGUGAAAAAUAUUUGAAAACACAGGAUGCUUUAAAUCCUAAAAUUUUACCAACGUACAUAUCAUGUCUCCAUGAAUUGGGAGCUAAAAACAAGCUAUUCCUCAUCUCCCAUAAAUUAGCUGAACAGAUACCGAAAAGCGCAAUUACUUGGUUUAGCGUAGGAACAUACUAUUUGACUAUGAAUAAGAUUCAUGAAGCAAGAAAGUUUUUCUCCAAGUCAUCCAUUAUUGAUCCUAAUUUUGCACCAUCGUGGCUGGGUUUUGCACAUACAUUUUCUAUAGAGGGAGAACAGGACCAGGCAUUAACUGCUUACUCGACUGCUGCAAGAUUUUUCCCAGGUGUUCAUUUACCGAACUUGUUUCUUGGUAUGCAAUACAUGUCAUCAAAUACUUUAUCUCUGGCGGAAGAGUACUUUACACUAGCAUAUGAUAUUUGCCCAAAUGAUCCUUUACUAUUGAAUGAAAUGGGUGUAAUGUAUUUCAAGAAGGAAGAAUAUGAAAAGUCCAAAAAGUACCUUAACAAGGCAAUGGAUGAAAUAAAGCACAAACUUUACUCCAAUUCAAAAACUGCAGUCUCAAUUCAAACAAACCUAGGCCAUACAUACCGAAAAUUGGGAGAUAAUGAAAGAGCCAUCGAAUGUUUCAAAUAUGUUCUUCAAGACUCCGAAAAAGAUCCUGAUUUGUAUGUGACCUUAGGAUUCUUAUAUUUACAAACGAAACAGCUACAAAAAGGUAUAGAUUGCCUCCAUAGGGCUUUGGCCAUCAAACCUGGUAUGACUUCUGCACAAGAGCUUCUGACUCAUGCUUUAGAAUUGAAUGUUAUUGUUUCAUUAGAUGAAAACCAUCCAUUGGUCGUAAGUUCGAGAAUUCAUGGCCUCGAUAAUAAGGAUGGUUCUCUAUAUAACACUAGCAAGAGGAGAAAAUCAGUGUCGUCAUCUUUUAGUUCGAAUGCAUUGCCGAAGAAAAUAAGAACUGAAUCUAAUGAUAAUGCGAACGAUGGUCACGAUGAAGAAAUGAUGGAUAUUGAAUGA